AUGCACCACAUUAAGCCUGAUAAUACCACUCGCAGUAGCCCAAUUACCAGUAAUCCAUUUCUGAAGCGACGUUCAUUGCCUGACUACCACAUCAUUACGGCCCAAGAUCGCAUUCGCCGUGAGCUGCUGGAGCUGCAGCGCGACCCGCCGGAGAACUGCUCCGCCGGCCCGGUGGACGACUCGAGCAUUUUCCACUGGGCGGCGACCAUCUUGGGCCCUGUGGACACGCCCUACCACGGCGGCGUCUUUGCCCUGGCCAUUGACUUUCCGGCGGGCUACCCGUACCGGCCGCCGCGAGUGCGCUUCAAGACCAAGGUCUACCACCCCAAUGUGAGCGUUGACGGGAACAUCUGCCUGGACAUUCUAGGCGGCAAGUGGUCGCCGGCGCUCACCGUCAGCAUGGUCCUGGUCAGCAUCUGCUCCCUCCUCACCGACCCCUUCACCGGCCACUCGCUCCGUCCGGAGCUGGCCAAGCAGUGGGACACCGAUCGAGAGGCGUACGAGGCGAAGGCCCGCGAGUGGACUCGCAAGUACGCCACGCUCGAGUGA